AUGGAUUCGAUAUCCUUUGGAGACGGAAACAGGGGAGCUCAGUUUGGCAACCAUCAAGGACCAGUCCAUAUCCACUACGGCCAACAGGAAAUACAACAGCAGAGCAUAGACAGCGGGGUGCUCAGGUCACUUGCUUUCCCGCAGAUGCUAGAUCGAAGAGAUAACAUCGAGAAAUGUCAUACCGAUACCUGCCAGUGGAUUUUAAACUUGGACACAUUCAAGAACUGGAAGAGCCAGUCUCACGGUCUACUCUGGAUCAAAGGCAAGCCGGGUGCGGGCAAAUCUACAUUAAUGGCAUUCCUGCAUGACAAACUCGGAGAAUCGCAUGACGGAACUCAGGGCAUCCGGCUCGACUUUUACUUUAGUGCUCGAGGCACUGAGCUACAACGAACACCCAUAGGAAUGCUACGAUCGCUGCUCAAUCAAAUAUUUUACCUAGACGAGACCGUACGCUCCCAGGUUCGCGAGAUCUACGAGCAACGAUGCAGACGGUAUGGAUAUGGUGAAAACGACUGGCAAUGGACACAAGUUAGGCUAGAAGAGCUACUGGCAGAUACGAUCCUGACAUCGGCCAAACGGCAGCAAGUGAUGAUUUUUGUGGAUGCUCUCGAUGAGGCUGGGUCCGAGUCCGCUCAGCAUCUAGCAGCGUAUUUCCACCGGCUCAUCUUUCGCGCGGAGAAAAUGGAAGCAGCUGUCCAAGUUUGCAUCUCAUGUCGACACUAUCCUAUCAUAGGAGACGCCAGGGCUGUUGAGAUUAAUGUUGAAGAUUAUAACCAUGACGACAUCGCCAUUUACAUCAAGAACGCCUUUACUAGUAUGGCGGUCAAAGACGGCCGUAGUCAGGCGAAAAUGGAAACUUUGACAGAGCACUUGCUCUACCAGGCUAAGGGAGUGUUCCAAUGGGUCCAUCUCCUAACACCUCUGAUUAAGCAGAGGAUCAUCGAAGGGGAUUCGUUUGAUGAAAUCUACUCCUGGUUGCGCGAGGUCCCGAUUGGUCUAGAAGAGGUGUAUACAUACAUUCUCGACAAUGUGAUACAGAACAGGAAUCGUGAGCAGUCAUUUCUGUUCUUUCAAUGGGUAUGCUUAGCUGAGCGACCCCUGACCGUGACCGAAAUGAGGUAUGCCCUGGCGGCUAAGUAUGCCCGAACUUCGGCAUCUCCCAAAGCAUGGGAGGAUAUCCCCGGUUUUGUCGAAAGCGACGAUCGCAUGAAGCGAAAGGUCAAUGCUCUUUCUGGUGGGCUUGCCGAGGUAGUCUCCAGCGAGUAUGACUCUAAGACUAUACAGGUAGUGCAUCAGUCUGUUAAUGAUUUUUUUUGCACUAAAGGCUUUAGGCUUAUGUCUUAUCAAACUGGUACCACCUCGUCAAUCAUGGAUUGUGAAAUGAUUCGAUUUCGAUGCCAGGCAAAUCUCUACCGAUCAUGCCUAGUUUACCUAACUACUGCAACGACGGCUUGGAGAAUGUCAAAUAAUCCUUCAACAACAAAAGAUGACAUCGUCCAGGACCACCCAUUGCUUGCCUAUGCCACCAUCAACCUCUUCACCCAUGCGGAAAAGGCUGCAAGCUCUCGGGCGGAGGUUCUGAAGAAUGAAAAGGAUAUCCUGCAGCAAGUGAUUAGCCCUUGGGUCCAGAUUUUCCGUAUUUUAGAUCCAUACAGCGCUGAACGUCCUGUAAAUGGCACAACUCUCCUGCAUAUGGCUGCAGCUUCUGACCUGGUUGAUGUUAUUGAGUUUGUGUUGGAGAGGAAUAAUGAUGUCGCGAUAAAAGAUAAAUUCGGGAACACGGCUCUUCAUCUAGCCGCACGACGGGGUCAUAUAACAGCAGGCAAAAUCCUACGGGAAAGGGGUGCAGCCUGUGACGCAAGGAACAGAAUGAGGAUGACGCCACUGACUGUGGCGGCUAGUCAUGGCCAUUUGGAAUUUAUUGAGUGGCUCCUGAACGAGGGAGCUAUGGCUGAAAGAUGUGCUGCAGGAGACGCAUUGCAAGCCGCUGCCCUAGGAGAACAUUCUGAUGUGGUACGUAUGCUGCUUGAUGCUCACGCCGACGUCAAUGCCCAGGGUGGCGAAUAUGGAAAUGCCCUCCAAGCCGCCGCCUAUAGAGGAAGCACUGAGGUAGUGCGCAUGCUACUCGAUGCUCACGCUGAUGUCAAUACCCAAGGUGGCGAAUAUGGAAAUGCUCUACAGGCCGCCGCCUAUAGAGGGAGCACUGAGAUAGUGCGCAUGCUACUCGAUGCUCACGCCGAUGUCAAUGCCCAGGGCGGUCGAUAUGGUAAUGCCCUACAAGCCGCCGCCUAUAGAGGAAUGACUGAGGUAGUGCGCAUGCUACUUGAUGCCCACGCCGAUGUCAAUGCCCAGGGUGAUUACUUUGGUAAUGCCCUACAGGCUGCUGCCUCUGGAGGAAGCACUGAGAUAGUGCGAAUGCUGCUCGAUGCUCACGCCGAUGUCAAUGCCCAGGGUGGUCACUAUGGUAAUGCCCUACAGGCUGCUGCCUCUGGAGGAAGCACUGAGAUAGUGCGAAUGCUGCUCGAUGCCCACGCCGAUGUCAAUGCCCAGGGUGGUUACUUUGGUAAUGCCCUACAGGCUGCUGCCUCUGGAGGAAGCACUGAGAUAGUGCGAAUGCUGCUCGAUGCCCACGCCGAUGUCAAUGCCCAGGGUGGUUACUUUGGUAAUGCCCUACAGGCUGCUGCCUCUGGAGGAAGCACUGAGAUAGUGCGAAUGCUGCUCGAUGCCCACGCCGAUGUCAAUGCCCAGGGUGGUUACUUUGAUAAUGCCCUACAGGCCGCCGCCUCUGGAGGAAGCACUGAGGUAGUGCGGAUGCUGCUCGAUGCUCACGCCGAUGUCAAUGCCCAGGGUGGGGAAUAUGGCAAUGCCCUACAGGCCGCCGCCUAUAGAGGGAGCACUGAGGUAGUGCGCAUGCUACUCGAUGCUCACGCCGAUAUCAAUGCCCAGGGUGGUCACUAUGAUAAUGCCCUACAGGCUGCCGCCUGUGAAGGAAGCACUGAUGUAGUGCGAAUGCUGCUCGAUGCUCACGCCGAUGUCAAUACCCAGGGUGGUCACUAUGGUAAUGCCCUACAGGCUGCUGCCUCUGGAGGAAGCACUGAGGCAGUGCGAAUGCUGCUCGAUGCUCACGCCGAUGUCAAUACCCAGGGUGGUCACUAUGGUAAUGCCCUACAGGCCGCCGCCUCUGGAGGAAGCACUGAGGCAGUGCGAAUGCUGCUCGAUGCUCACGCCGAUGUCAAUACCCAGGGUGGUAAAUAUGGUAAUGCCCUACAGGCCGCCGCCUCUGGAGGAAGCACUGAGGUAGUGCGAAUACUAGUCGAUGCUCACGCCGAUAUAAAUGCCCAGGGUGGUCACUAUGGUAAUGCCCUACAGGCUGCUGCCUCUGGAGGAAGCACUGAGAUAGUGCGAAUGCUGCUCGAUGCCCACGCCGAUGUCAAUGCCCAGGGUGGUUACUUUGGUAAUGCCCUACAGGCCGCCGCCCUUGGAAGCACUGAGGUAGUACGUAUACUGCUCGAUGCUCACGCCGAUGUCAAUGCCCAGGGUGGGGAAUAUGGCAAUGCCCUACAGGCCGCCGCCUAUAGAGGGAGCACUGAGAUAGUGCGAAUGCUGCUCGAUGCCCACGCCGAUGUCAAUGCCCAGGGUGGUAAAUAUGGAUUGCCUCUUCAUGCGGCUCUUAGUAACAGUCGUUCCGAUAUCAUUGCUUUCCUGCUUACCGCAGGCGCAAAUCCGCUGCUUCCAGAUGAGCUCGGCCAGACUUCGCUCCAUAUUGCGGCCUCAGGAAAUAUGAUGCACAUUCUCCCUUGCUCUCCGCGUCUCGCCUCAGCUAUUAACGACCGGGAUAAGCUAUUACGAACCCCUCUCCAUGUGGCCAUCCACCGAGGGCAUAUCACGUCGGCUAUCUCACUCCUCGACCUCGGUGCAGAUCCUUCUAUUCUGGACGGUUACUCGCUCGACGCCGAAUGA